UGGCUACUUUAUAAUGCCUGCACGUGGCAUCUCUGAUAUAGCGGCACUUAUCUGCUAUUACUCUCCGAGCGGCUCCCUAGUGGGGGUUACUAGACGCUACGCGUCAAUUGGCAAUUGACUGGCAUCGAUCACUUCGCGCCUUCCAAGAUGGGUUUCAGGGCUCACACCUGGGCACUCUAUCCUUGACAACCUUUGUCUUGCUCCACUCAUACGGACCACCAACACCAGGGAAAUAAAGUGCAUGUACUAUAAUCUUUUCUUAUGUAUAUAUCAUGACAUCAGAGGUUGGGAAGAGCUGAGGUUGUAGAAGAGGUUGGCAAUCCUCCCGUUGCUCAUAUACUUCUUUACCUCAGGAAGCAGAUGACCUAGGAGACUCUUUGCGGCAUUCGCACAUCAAACUCCGGAACACCUCGAAGCUCAACAUACUGAAGAGCAACAUCCAGUUCCAAAAUAAUGCACUCCACAAUCUCCCUUGCCAACGCUCUGGCACUGGCAACAUGUGCUCUAGCCCUAUCACCACCCCACCUAUCCACCCGCCAGCAGCCAUUCAAGACAACACCCAUCACGGAAUUCGCCGAACCCUGGGCCUUCGCCUUCCUCCCCGACGCCCGCAUCCUGGUCACGGAGCGAAAAGGCAACCUACUCCUCGUCGACCCAACCACCAAAUCUAAGGGCACCAUCACCGGCGUACCCGCCGUCGCAUAUGCCGGUCAAGGCGGUCUCCACGACGUCGCAUUGCACCCCAACUACGCGAACAACAGUAUUGCGUAUAUCAGCUAUGCAGAAAGCGGCUCCGGCGGCGCAGGCUGCGCAGUCACACGAGCCAAACUAAGCCUCACCGCAACCAGCGGCGCACUCUCCGACCUCUCAGUCAUCUGGCGGCACUCGCAGCGAGCUACAGGCGGUCUCCAAUUUGCGUGUCGUUUGAAAUUUAGCCCAGACAACGCACUAUACAUCUCCUCCGGCGAGAUAAACCAAAUGCAUCCAGCCCAAUCCAUGACGUCCAACCUAGGCAAAAUGAUACGCCUCUACGACAACGGUACCGCCUACGCCGGAAACCCAUUCGCAUCCCAAGGCGCCCUUCAAUCACAGUUCUACUCCCUCGGCCACCGCAACCCACUCGGCAUCGACUUCGAUGCCCAGGGCCGUCUGUGGGAAGUCGAAAUGGGGCCGUUUGGCGGAGACGAAUUGAAUCUUGUUCAGCCGGGUAAGAACUAUGGAUGGCCGCUUGUGUCUGAGGGGAGACAUUAUAAUGGCACGUUGAUACCGAAGCAUAGUACGAGGCCAGAAUUUGCGGCGCCAAAGGCUAAUUGGGUUCCGGUCAUUUCACCCGCUGGUCUUAUCAUCUACAAAGGGAACCUUUUCUCCAGCUGGAAGGGCAAUGCCAUUAUCACUGGUCUUAGUGCGCAAGGGCUUGUAAGGGUGAGUAUCACUGGCGAUACAGCGGCGGAAGUACAACGUAUCGCAAUGGGUAAGCGCAUGCGCGGUAUAAGGGAGGAUAAGGACGGCGCUAUCUGGGUGAUUGAGGAUGGGGCGGGUGGAAGGUUGUUGAAGCUUACUCCGAAUUGAAAUGCAUUAUACAGAAUGAGAGGGGCUGGAGCUGUUGAUAUAUAAGUCUAGCAAAAUGCGUCUUCUAGAUUGGCGCGAAGAUGUGCAAUCAGUAC